GCUUCUUCAAAGUUCGUCCAUCUUCUAGAUUCAGUGCAGUCUGAAUUUGUACUCCUACUCGAAACUCUCUACUUGGGGCUUGCUGAAAUUCUUCUGAAGAUAAUCGCGACACGGAUACUGACAUUGCGAUUCCAAACUGUAUAGGGAUAUUCCUAGAUUUUUUGACCCAAACCUUUCGCAUUAACCAUUCUACAUAAUCCUGAUGCUUCCGCUCUUUGACACCGACCGUCGUCGUCGGCAGAUUAAUCUUGGUGGCGCAUCAUCUUCCACCUCACAUUCCUCUAUUCUUGACCAGGCAAAGCUCAGGCGCGAAGAACGAAUAGAACAAAAACGACGAACGGAUAGUGCCGUGAAGGUGCAAGCAUGGUGGCGCGGGACGAAAGAGCAGCAGCGAGUACGUCUGGAGCUCAGAAGAAAUCUUGAGGAAGCGUUAGACAAGGGAGAAUUGUUGCGACUAAACACUCUGCGCAUGCUAGUCGUUGUUAAUCGGAAGCAGACACCAGACACGACUCUUAGUAAAUGGUCCAGAAAUCUCAUCCAAUAUGGCUCUGACCGUGUCUAUGAUCUCUUCGCUGCAUCAAAUGAUGCUGGUCAAAGUUAUAUGGUGCUGCUCAAACAAGUGUUGUUGCUUUUACUGCAGGAAGUAGCACGUAAUGCUCAGCUUGAUCGUUCGGUCGCCCAUCUUGAUCUUCUCAAUUCACUCCUUUCAUCCCUGCCUGAAACCGGCUCAUCGUUCAGUCGUCGUAAAAUAGUAAACGAGUUCAUGGCAUACCUGCUUUCGCAUGGGUUCUACUCGAUAUUGGCUUCUUCAAUACACACGAUCCCUGUUGAGAUGAAGUCUUCGCCUGCUUUACCUCUGCUCAUUACGCUAUCCACACUCCCGUUUUCUACUCUCGAAGUACCCUCUGCUGAAUACACAUUGGCAAUGCAAGGCCUAUUCAUUCAUCUUCUGACUAUUCCCCUCCUUCCCAAUCGCCUGCCCCUACACACUCUUACACAUCUAUCUUCCCAUCUCCCUCUGACGAAGAUGACCGUCCUGUACGCUACGCCUUCUGGUGACAAUUCCAAUGCGCCGUCUCCUUUGUCCGAGUUCCUUCUUGAUAUGACAAACACAGACGCACUUGGUGCCAAAAUUCAUUUAAUUGCCAAUCUCCUUGCAUUCACACCUCCUCGGUAUAGCAAGCUUCCAGGGCCUUCACUAGCCGCUUACUUGCGGCUUCUGGGAGAUGUGUUGAACAUCAUUCCUCCUGGUGCUCUCGAGGGCCCGUCUGCGACUUCUUCCGCGGUUCGAACGAGGAUUUCUGAUGGCUAUAAUUCGGACUCGGAGGAUGACCAUGCAAACAUUCGCGUCUCUAUAGUCUCAUCGUUCAAUACUUCAGCUCCCCUUGCCCUCCCUAUCCUUGACUCUCGUACACUGAAGAGACUUCUUAACCUCCCAUCCCCAACACAUAUCACAUCUAUCCUGUCCGCUUCCAGAUCUCUUGGCUCUUCGCGCUACCCUCUCAUAACCUUCAUUUACGCCAUUUAUGGUAUCUGGCCUUCAAAGCAAAAUGACAUACUUGCUCAUCUUUGGUCAUGGAACGGCGGAGGAUUGGUGAGGGAAAUUUGGAGAGGUUGGGUCAGAGGUGGAGGACUAGGAAGCAACCUAGUCUCAUUAGAUCCUAAAGCUUCCGGUGACAUGGAUGUAGAUAACAAUGCAAGUUCCAACGUCGCCACAUCUCGUUCGAGUCAUUUGGAACCGCUGAAACCAACCAUAACCUCUUCCGCUAGGCUUCGCGGUAUGACAGCACCUAAUGCUGAUGAGGACCCUUGGGCACCAUUACUCCUUCUCGCAGAUUUGUAUUCUCAUGGUCUGAUAACUAUGGGUGACGACGAGUUCUUCUCUUCCGAUUCAACUGUGAUAGGGACUAGGCCAAGUGCCGCGCACCGGAACCCACUCACGUUGGAUGAAAUUUCCACUUUUACACGGCAACUCUUGAAUAUUGCUUGGUCUCUGUGGAUGUAUGGUGGUGAUUUAGAGAUCGAGCCAUUGCCUUCCAUUCUUACUUCAGCUGUACCUAAUCCCCGAGUUCGACUAACAUGGCUCGAAAUUCGCGGAAAAGUCACUAAGUGUCUUCUCGCUAUAAAUGCUCGUGACGCUCGUAAACCAUUUAUGCCGAAGGGUGGUUGGUUGGUUCUGAAUGAUGCCGAAAGUAAUGGUGCUCCGCAUGGUGAAGGUAUGCAUCUCACACCGGAGAUGGCAGGAUUUGUUGAGGCAGCUAUCUUUGAAGCUCAAGAGCUUAUGGAUGACUCCGAAGCAUCUUUGGAAGACGCUCUUAUGGAUAGCGUUAGCUCGCCACGUCGUGGGCCUAGAUCUCAUGCACCUAGCGCGUCGUCCGCUUACUCGAAGCGAAAGCUAAACUAUCUUUCGCCUCGAUUAGGUGUCCUGAACAACAUUCCCUUUGCCAUUCCAUUCCAUGUUCGGGUGGCUAUUUUCAGAAACUUUAUUCACAUGGACCUCGCAGGCCGGAGGACGUCUCGCUCACGGUCCACUCAAUCUAUCAAUCCUUGGGCAAGCUUCAACGCCAUGAAUGAUAUGAGAAACGCAUUUAGUGCCGGAGAACGACAGCAGACUGUAACGAUACGCCGCGGUAGUGUGGCGCAAGACGGAUUUGAUCAUUUGGGGGAUGCUGAUCUGAAGAACCCUAUUCAGAUUGUGUUCAUCGACCAAUUCGGAGCAGAGGAAGCUGGUAUAGACGGUGGUGGAGUCUUCAAAGAAUUCUUCACCUCCCUGUGUAAGGAGGUCUUUGACACCGAUCGAGGACUUUGGUUGAGUAAUGAGAAGAAUGAACUUUACCCCAAUCCGCAUGCGUACGCCACUGAAGCUCACAGCCUGAGCUGGUAUCGGUUUAUCGGUCGCAUUUUGGGAAAAGCGAUGUACGAAGGGAUUUUAGUUGAUGUUGCUUUUGCGGGUUUCUGUUUGGCCAAAUGGCUUGGUCGGCAAUCAUUCUUAGAUGAUCUUGCCUCGUUGGACCCCGAUCUGUACAAAGGACUAGUGUUCCUUAAACACCACACCGGUGAUUUUGAAGACUUAAGCUUGAACUUCACAGUCGAAGUUGAAGAAUUUGGGACGACACGGACCAUCGACCUAAUUCGCAAUGGAUCCAACAUUGCGGUGACUAAGGAAAAUCGGCUUCAAUACAUCUACCUGGUUUGCCAUUUCAAGCUGAGCAAACAAAUCAAAAUGCAAAGUGAAGCAUUUUUCGAGGGUCUUUCUGAAAUGAUUGAACCGAAAUGGAUUCGAAUGUUCAAUCAGCAAGAGUUGCAAAUUCUAUUAGGAGGUGUCAACUCACCUAUCGAUUUAGAUGAUCUCAAAGCCAACACGAAAUACGGCGGACUAUAUGACCCCAAUGAGCCUACUAUUGUAGCAUUUUGGAACGUUGUAAAUACCUUCGACCAGGAACAACGCAGGGCCCUUCUUCGCUUUGUGACAAGUUGCAGCAGACCUCCAUUACUGGGGUUCAAAGAACUCGUGCCUAAUUUUGCAAUACGCGAUGCUGGCGGUGAUCAACAUCGUCUUCCAACAUCGAGCACCUGUGUUAAUUUGUUGAAGCUUCCACGCUACAAUGAUGAGCGAGUAUUGCGCUCAAAACUCCUUCAAGCCAUAAUGUCCAAUGCUGGUUUUGAUCUCUCAUAAAUGCAUGCUCAUAAAUCAUGAUGCUCUUCGUUGACUCCACAUCUUGUCUGUGCGCCAAUCCACAACUUUGUAGAUUUUCUUUCAUGCAGAUCGGAUAUGUGGUUAUGUAUUCUACUACCACCUUGCUAUAAUGUAUGUCUGUAUAUGAUGUUCCAUAGUGUCUCGUU